AUGGCAGACGCAAUGGAGAAGCCGCAGUGUGGCAGUGCGGCUGAGGAGGGAGAGUACGAUCUUCCUCUACAUGUUGCCGCAGUCUUCAUCGUCUUCGCGGCGAGUAUUGCAGGAUGUGGGUUUCCCGUGGUGGCCAAGAAAAUCAAGUCUCUGCAUAUUCCCCCCAAGGUCUUUUUCUUCUGUAAACACUUCGGUACUGGUGUCCUGAUUGCGACGGCCUUUGUUCAUCUUCUGCCCGUCGCUUUUCAGUCGCUCAACGACCCAUGCCUGCCCGAGCUGUUCACCGACAAGUAUCCCGCCAUGCCCGGUGUCAUCAUGAUGGCCGCCCUGUUCCUUCUCUUUCUGAUUGAGAUGUGGCUCAACGCAAAGACUGGAGGGCACAGCCAUGGCAGUGCGACCGGUAACGAAUUCGGCGCUGAUAGAGCGGCUCCUGGUAUUCAGAACGCGUUCAACAACCCGUUGAAGCGCACCGACAGCUACGACUCCCAGAUUACCAUGGCCGAGAAGAGGGGCUGGGUCGAUGCAUCUUACCCGGCUGAGAAUUUCCCGUUCCCCAAGGAAAAGGGUGAACUCGAGCCCAAGUCCGAAAUGCCUCCUUGGUUCAUUGUCUUCUACGAACAGUACAUCCGCCAGCGUGACGACAUGCUCAACAUGAUCCGGAGCGCCAUGCCGCCAAUCCCCGCCUAUGGCCAACAGCAAGCCCACCAGGACAAGUCGGUCGAGCAAAAAUCGUACUUUGACGACGACGUCGAGCUGCAGGUCGAUCCUAUGGUGCUCAAAAAGCAGUCGAUGCAGAUUACGCUGAUCGAAGGUGGUAUCCUCUUCCACUCCGUCUUCGUCGGCAUGACCAUCUCCAUCACCAAUGAGGGCUUCAUCACCCUUCUCGUCGCCAUUAUCUUCCACCAGGCUUUUGAGGGUCUCGGUCUCGGGUCUCGCAUCGCCGCCGUUCCAUACCCCAAGGGAAGCUGGAAGCCGUGGAUCCUUGUAACUGCUUUCGGAACCACGUGCCCGAUCGGUCAAGCCAUCGGUCUCGCCACCCGCGGCGCCUACGACCCCAAUAGUGCCUUCGGUCUCAUCAUGGUCGGCACCAUGAACGCCAUAUCCUCCGGCUUGCUGCUGUACGCCGCACUCGUCGAUCUGCUCGCUGAAGACUUUUUGUCCGAGGAGGCGCAGCAUAGCAUGACUACCAGGGACAAGACCAAGGCCUUCUGCUACUUGCUUAUGGGAGCUGCGGGUAUGUCCAUCGUGGGCGCCUUCGCUUGA